CCCGUCGCAGUCUCUUUCACCGGCCACAAAACAACCGUGAGUGUCGAACUCACUGUUCUUGAAAAAAAACUUUAAAAAUAUAAAAAAUACAAAAUCUAUAAAAUCUUCAAAAAACAAGGACCGUAAUCUAAAAAUAAAACAAAACAAACCUUUUUGGAAAGGAAAAAAAAAAUCGCAAAACAUUAAUUAUCAAAAACAAAUCUUGUCAACAAGAGGUUGGUGUCUCUGAGAAGGAAUCGUGCUCCACAUCACCGGCUUUGUUUUUAUUUUUAAUCGUGAUUUAUUUUUUUAAUUUUUCAUUUAACUUUGACAUUCUCCCGACCGGCUGCACCAGAGAGCCAGUCGUCCGCCGUGACGCGCACUUUGGACUCGAAACAACUCCUAUUUUUCACCUUUUUUUUGUGUAUUAUUUCUUUGAGGGAAGCGUUGUCCACAUUGUCUCUGUCGAGUCCGAGGCAUGAACACGGCGACCGGGAGCUAUCCGAUGGCUUCUCUCUACGUCGGCGACCUGCACCCCGAUAUCACGGAGGCUAUGCUGUACGAGAAAUUCAGCCCCGCCGGACCGGUGCUCUCCAUUCGGGUAUGUCGAGACAUGAUCACCCGGCGCUCCCUCGGAUACGCGUAUGUGAACUUCUCCCAGCCUGCCGACGCCGAGAGAGCCUUGGACACCAUGAACUUCGACGUGGUGAAAGGGAAGCCGAUCAGAAUCAUGUGGUCCCAAAGAGACCCCUCCCUCAGGAAGUCCGGAGUGGGCAACGUGUUCAUCAAGAAUCUUGACAAGUCCAUUGACAACAAAGCCCUGUACGACACCUUCUCUGCCUUUGGUAACAUCCUCUCCUGCAAGGUGGUGUGCGAUGAAAACGGCUCCAAGGGGUAUGCUUUCGUCCAUUUCGAGACCCAAGAUGCAGCUGAUCGCGCCAUUGAGAAGAUGAACGGCAUGCUUCUAAAUGACCGCAAGGUGUUUGUGGGUCGUUUCAAAUCUCGCAAAGAGCGCGAGGCUGAACUCGGCGCCAAAGCAAAAGAAUUUACCAACGUCUACAUCAAGAACUUUGGGGACGACAUGAACGACGAAAGGCUGAAGGAGCUUUUUGACAAAUAUGGUAAAACACUCAGCGUGAGGGUGAUGAUGGACCACACUGGCAAAUCCAGAGGCUUUGGAUUUGUCAGUUACGAGAAGCACGAGGACGCCAACAAGGCCGUCGAGGACAUGAAUGGCACUGAACUCAACGGCAAGACUGUAUUUGUUGGGCGGGCGCAGAAGAAGAUGGAGCGACAGGCAGAGCUGAAGAGGAAAUUUGAGCUGCUGAAACAAGAAAGGAUCAGUCGUUAUCAGGGUGUAAAUCUUUACAUCAAGAACCUAGAUGACACUAUAGAUGACGAGAAACUGCGUAAGGAGUUCUCUCCUUUCGGAUCCAUCACAAGUGCCAAGGUGAUGCUUGAGGAGGGUCGCUCCAAAGGCUUUGGCUUCGUCUGCUUCUCCUCCCCCGAAGAAGCAACCAAGGCUGUGACUGAGAUGAACGGACGCAUCGUUGGCUCCAAACCCCUCUAUGUGGCUCUCGCUCAGCGCAAAGAGGAGCGCAAGGCCCACCUCACAAAUCAGUACAUGCAGCGUAUAGCCGGCAUGAGGGCCAUGCCGGCAAAUGCCAUAAUCAAUCAGUUCCAGCCCGCCAGCGGCUACUUCAUGCCAGCCGUGCCUCAGGCCCAGAAUAGGACGACAUACUAUGCACCCAAUCAGAUGGCCCAAAUGCGACCCAACCCCCGGUGGCAACAACAAGGUGGUAGAGGUCAAGGUGGUUUCCAGGGGAUCCCCGGCUCGCUGCGUCAGCCAGGACCUCGCGCAAACCUGAGGCACAUGUCUCCUAGUAGCGGCACGCAGGGCCCACGAGCUCCUGGCCAGGCCAUGGCUCCUCGUCCCUCCAUGGGAGUCCCAGGCCCCAGAGCCAUGCCUCCGUACAAAUAUGCCUCCGGUGUCCGUAACCCCAACCCCCAGGUGGUGCAACCUAUUGCCUUACAGCAGGCUCAGCCAGCUGUGCAUGUUCAGGGCCAGGAGCCUCUCACAGCCUCCAUGUUGGCUGCUGCGCCCCCUCAGGAGCAGAAACAGAUGCUAGGGGAGCGUCUUUUCCCACUGAUUCAGUCCAUGCAUGCCAACCUGGCAGGGAAGAUCACCGGCAUGCUGCUGGAGAUUGACAACUCUGAGCUGCUACACAUGCUGGAGUCUCAUGAAUCUCUGCGUUCAAAGGUGGAAGAAGCAGUCGCCGUGCUCCAGGCCCACCAGGCAAAGAAAGAUGCCACCCAGAAAGUGAGCAGCAUGGCUACUCCUGCCGCUCCUGCCACAUCCUGAAGAAGUGUGCUGUAUUGGAUUGGGUAAAGAAAAACACCAGAUGAGGGGAAGACACCAGAGCCCUCUGAACAAUAAUGCAAAAUAAAAACCGGGAAAAAAAAAGAAAAAUGUACUUUUGAAAAAAUACUUGAACAUUUUGAAAACUAUUACACUUCAUCAUUUUCUAGAUCUGUAAUAUUUUUAAAUGACAUACCGAAAGCAAUUAUGCAAAUGAAAAAUAAAUUAAGACCCUUCAUUUAGUGGCGAAGGAGACUUUUUUUCUUUUGAAGGAAAAUGAGCCCGAUCUUUUUCUUUGCUUGAUAUUUUAUGCUUGAUUUGAAAUGAUGGAGCCCUCCUAUCAUGUUUUUCAUUGGUGUGUGUGGUAUUCUCAAUAAAGGGAUGACAUAUCAAGGUUA